AUGGGCCUCAUAGACGACGCAGCCUCCGCCAUAUCCGCCCGCACCUCCCAAUCCCAAUCCCACUCCAAACGCUCCAAAUCCCACCGCAGCAGCCGCCACCACGUCAAAGACCGUUCCCGCAGCAACUCACGCUCCCCUUCGAGACACCAUCGCUCCUCUCGCUCCCAUGUAGGAAGUACCCACAGCCACAGUCGCGGGGUGGUGGUUGGGGAUGGGUAUUUUGAGAGGGAACCUCACCGGGAGUCGCACCGUGACCGGGAGGGGCAUCGGGAGAGAGAACGCAGUCGACACCGCAGUCGCAGCCGCGGCGGUGCCAGCAUCAUAGGCGCAGCAGGUGUAGGCGGCACCCUAAGCGGCAUCGCGGCAUCAAUCUUUGGCGGCGGGGGUGAUGACGACGAUGAUAUCGAUGGGCUGGCGUAUCAUGAUGAUGGUCGGGGGUCGCAUCGCCGGCCGAGUUAUGAGAGACGGGGGAGUGAGAGGGAGAGGGAACGGUCGCGGGGAGGGGGUGAAUGGGAGAGGGAGAGGGAGCGUGGUGGUGGUGGUGGUGGUGGAGAUUGGGAGGAGAGUGUGAGGGGGUUUUUUACCAUGCCGAGUGUGUCGAGGGGGUUUUUUAGUAAUUUUGGAGGCAAACCCCGCCACUCAACCUCCUCCCACCGGCGUCCCCGCCCGGGCUUCAUCUCCCGCCUCAUCCGCAAACUCCGCCGUCUCUUCCGCGACCUCCUCUACUACGCCAAGCGGCACCCCAUGAAAGUCUUCGCCCUAGUCCUCAUGCCCCUCAUCACAGGUGGCGCCCUCACGGCCUUACUCGCCCGUCUCGGACUGCGCCUCCCGCCCAUGCUGGAACGCGCACUGCAUACUCUGGCGCGUAUGGCGGGUGCGGGUGCGGGGGCCGGGGCGGUGGGUGAGUCGCUUGGGUUGGUGGGUGAGGCGGUUAGGAUGGUUAGUAAUGCUACCGCGGGUGGUGGUGUUGGGGCGGCGAGGGCGAGUGUGGAGAGGGGACGGGAUGGGGGGAUGAGGUGGGAGAGGAGGAGUUUGGAGAGGGAUUUUGAUGGGUUGGGGUAUGGGAGUGGGAGUGGAGAGUGGGGGGAUGGGUUGAAGAAGGUUGUUAAGAUGUUUUCGUGA